AAUAUAACAUACGUUGCGCAGAAAAAAAAAUUUAAAAUGUCAAGCGAAACAAAAAUAUUCAAAUAAAAUAUAUUUUAUAUAUGGUUUACAACGACAAUCAUUCAAUGCAAAACACUUUUACUUCUAUUAUCGUCGAUAUAAUAUAAAUACAAUGCUUCUAUAUACGAGCAUUACAGUGUUAGUUACAUAAAAAAGAAGAAUAAAAUGUCAUGAUGAUCGCAGUGUUCGCUGUCAAAAGGUUAAAGAACAAUUAUUUUUAAUUAAGAUAUGGUUUAAUCGCUAAUAAUAAUUAUAAUUCGCGAAAAUGAAUAACUUGAAAUUGCAGGAAGUGUACAGUGAUCUUACUCUAUUUACAACACCAGACAAAUUCUAUUUAGAACCAAAAAAUGGUAAUGAACUAGUUGUAAUUGAAAGGAUGACAGAGGAUAUUAGUUUUUAUCAAAAUCAUCGAAUUAUCAUACCAGCAGCAAGCAGCAGAAAAGAUUUUUGUGGAUUUUUAGGCACCAUACAAUUAUUGUCAGGUUCUUAUCUAGUCAUAGCUACACAGCGGGAGUUGGUAGGAUAUUUGUCAGGGUGUGCAGUAUGGAGAUUAGCAAAAGCAGAACUAAUCCCUUUUCGUAGCUCUUUAAAUCUAAGUUCAGAAAAACAAGCCGACAAUGAAGUGUAUCUCAGUAUGAUAGAACAGGUUCUAGCUACUCCUUUCCACUAUUUCUGUUAUGAUUAUGAUCUAACACAUUCUCUACAACGUCUUCAUGAUAUUUCACCGGAUUUUUGGGAACAGUCUCUUUGUGAAAGAGCUGAUCAACGAUUUGUUUGGAAUGGAUAUUUAUUGAGUCCUUUUUUAAAAACGUGCAAGAAAUUUUGUCUUCCUUUGAUCCACGGAUUUAUUUCUAUUAAUUUUUGUGUUGUUAACGGACAUAGCCUCAAUUGGAUAAUAAUUUCAAGGAGAAGCGUAAUGAGGGCUGGUACAAGACUAUUUCGAAGGGGAAUAGAUAGGGAAGGUAAUGUUGCAAAUUUUGUUGAAACAGAACAGAUUGUAGAGUAUCAAGGUGACCAUGCAAGUUUCGUUCAAAUAAGAGGCUCCAUACCACUUUUCUGGCAUCAAAAUCCAGAUUUACGACUUAAACCUCCUCCUACAAUGAUAGAUAUGGAUCCUCAAGAACAAUACAAUACUUGUAUAAAACAUAUUGAUGAGUUAGUAACUCUAUAUGGGAAAACAGUUAUGGUGAAUCUCAUAGAUCACAAAGGAGCUGAAGGUAACAUGGAAAAAUCGUUUAAGAACGCAGUAACUGCAAUUGCUUAUCCUACUAUACGUUAUGAACCGUUCGACUUCCAUUCAGAAUGCAGUAAAAUGAGAUGGGAUAGAUUAAAAAUACUCAUCGAUCGUUUAGCAUUAGAUCAAGAUGAAAUGGGAUUUUUCCUUUUACUCAGAGAUGGUACUAUAAGUUCUUUACAAGAUGGAGUAUUCAGAACUAACUGUAUAGAUUGUCUCGACAGAACGAAUGUAGUACAAAGUAUGUUAGCACACAGGAAUUUAGAAAUUGUUUUAAGGAAACUCAAUAUUCUACAUCAGAAUCAAAAUUUAGAGUUUCAGUAUUCGUUUGAGGUGUUGUUUAAGAACAUAUGGGCGGAUAACGCUGAUAUUAUCAGUACACAAUAUUCUGGAACGGGAGCUUUAAAAACCGACUUUACUAGAACGGGAAAAAGAACUAAAAGCGGUGUUUUAAGGGAUGGAAUCAAUUCGCUAACUAGGUAUUACAAGAAUAAUCUAACUGAUGGUUUUCGACAAGAUUCCAUUGAUUUAUUUUUGGGUUACGGUAAACCUAUAACUCCAUUAAGGGUAGAUAAAUCUUGGAGAUAUAUCACUUAUCCUUCUGUUCUUCUUGUUGCCGUUGCAAUGUUUGUCGCUUCCGCUGUAUUUCCUUCCGAAUAUUCCACGGAAUCGUUGUUGUUUUUAUUGUUUUGGGGUUCGAUGGUGUACGCUACAUUACAUACUAUAUUCAAAUACGGUAAAGAGUUUGUCGAUAGACCGAGGCUUACGCAAUCAUAGCAUUUCGUCUAGUCGUUUUAGUAGUUACUUAGAUAUUGGUAUUUUUGAUGCACGGAUCAUAUUAGAGGGUGGUUUACGUUUAAUACAUAAUUGAGGAUGGUCAAAAUGUUUUUUUAUAAUAUAUAUUUCAAUUUGUUUACUACAUUCCUUCUUUUUAUAUAACUUGAAAUAUAGUUUUCAAAUUAUACUUUCCAGUGAAAUUAAAAAACAAUUUAACUUAAAAAAACUGUUUAUAUUUAUAUGUUAUGUUAUAUAUUUAACUGUCAUUCUUUUAUCUAUCAGUUCUUAUUUGUCGUAGUGUAAAAUGUAUCUCCAACGGUCCCGGAAGCUAUAAUUUAGUACAGCUUUGGCUAAAUAAGUAUCACAAGUACUACACGUGUCCAUUCUCGUAUAACUAAAAAGAAAUUUUAAACUGUGUGUUAAAAUAUACCUUUAAGACUAGUUUUUUGUUGUUAUUUUCUUGUAUAAACAUCUGGUAUAUUUUUUAAUAGUCAUAACUUGUUAUUAAUAUGAUAAAAAAAUUGUUCCUAUCAUCUCUGAUUCAAUUUUUGAAUAAUUUUUAGAUUUCCCUGUUUUUAAACUUUCUUCAAAAUAUUUAAACUUUUUUUGUUAAUUCCAUACAUACAUAUAUUUCAUAACGUUGUUAACAUUAUUCUCAUUUCCUACCCCCAAUUUAAGGGUAAAGGAAAGUUUUUUAUCAAAAGUUUUAUCGGAAUAAAAAUUUCUGCGUUAAUUUCACUGGUUUAUAUAAUUUCCUCCAUUUAAAAAUUGUCGAAUAAUAACUGCCUUAGUAUUGUAACGCACUGUAUUGUUAUUAGAUGAAAUUAAAAAUGUACCAGAAGGAAAAACGUAUUAAUAAAUAGUAUUUGUUUAUGGUUAGGGAAAGUUACAUUUUGAAAUAUCGCAGAAGUUUCAAAAAUUGUAAUUUAAUUCUUUCUGCAACAUCGAGAUGGUAUUUUCGAAUCGUGUAUAAUUGUUUUUUUAUAUAAGAAAAUCAUUUGCUCUUUGUACGUUUAUAAAUGGUGAUUAUGUACUUUAUAUUUUAUUAAUUUAAUCGUUAAAUUUGUGUCGCAACUCAACCAAAUUAUUUUAAUAGUAGCUUUUCUUAUAGUGAACCUGCAAAUAUAAUAAAAAUUAUUAUAAA